UGUCUGCGGGACCGCGGCUGCCCUCUCCGCCACUGCAGGGCAAGGUCGACGCCGCAGCCGUCACAGCCAGCGUCGCUGCCGCUCGGGAACCAGGGCUGCCGCGGCCAAGCCUUCCGCGCCCGUGACACGAAGCCCGAGAGACGGAGUGGACGGAGGCCCGAGGACGAGGCCGGGGCUGCCAUGACCGAGGCGCCAGCGGCGGGCCGAGAGGCGGCGCCGAGCUGAAAGAUGCUGGCUUGGAGGCCGGGCGCCCGGAGCUCGGCCGUGGAACGGGGACGGGGCCCCGAGACGUCGGACGCCGGCGACGGAGCGCUCCUCAUCCCCCGCUUGGGCCGCGGGCGCCGCCGGCCUGCCGCCGACCUAGAUACGAAAAUACAUCUGGAGAAAAAUUUAGAAGAAGAGCGUCAAAUUUUACUGCAGCAACAAAAAAUAUGUCGAAAUCGAGCACGUAAAUAUUUUGUGGAAUCAAACCGGAGAAAAAAAGCAUUUGAAGAGAAACGAAAAGAACAAGAAGAACGAGAACAACAAAUCAGAGAGCAAAUCCUUCAGCAAAGGAAAGAGAAGUUUGAAGAAGUCACGGAAAAAUUCCAGCGUGCCCAUAUUCCCCUUUCACAGCGGAGGAGAGCAGUUUUUCAAAAACCAGUUCCUCCCUUGGAAGAAGCCCUCAAGCAAAUUCAGGAAUCCUACUUACAACCAGAAGUAAACUUUCCCCCUUCCCACAGACCAACAAUAAAUUGGAGAGCUAUAGAUAAUGCCUUGCCUUCAUCAUUGUCAAAAAAUGGUCACAAGCAUCAGAAACAUCUCUUAUCCAAAAUCAAUUGUGAUAAAGAAAUGAAGGAAAACAACAGGGCAAACUUGGCUACUAACAAAGAUGCGUUCCAGCUUAAACUGGAAGAAACUCAGAAACUCCUAGAAGAUCAGCAUCUAAGCAGUUUGCAAAAAUUUUGUGAUGAAGUUAAUCAAAUAACAAAUUCUGAAACUCUCUCAAGUAUAGAUAGUCUUGAGGCUGGGGAACGUGAAGAAAUAUAUUUAACACUUAACAAGGAGCCUUCCACAUCAAACCAGAACAAUUCUAUUUCUCCCAAAUCAGUAAAUCUGCAAUCAACUAAUCUAAGCUGCUUUGAUGAAGAUAAACUGUCAUUCUCUAAAACUCAGCAUAUAAAUAAUUGGCUCAUAAAUGUAAAUGAUCCAAAUACUCAGACUGUGACACAUCUCUCAGAUAUUUUAAGUAAACCUAAUGUUCUACCUUCUUGUGAAUGUUUUAAUGGUAAAGAGCAAAAUCCACCUGUGGAAAGAGUCACAAGUAGUGCUAAUAAUUCAGUAGACUUCAUGAGUAGUCCACCUGUAGUUGUACAAGAUGGAAAAAGCAAAGAGGUCUCUGAAAGUAGCCUAAUGAGAACUGACUCCUCUUCUGGAACAUUCAAAAGGGAGAGACCAUUUGUUACUGAGAGCCCAGCAUUUAAAUUCAGCAGAGUCUGGACCACUCCAGAUUCUCCAACACGGGAAAUAGCUACGUUUUCAGACCAAGGGAACAAUUCUGAAUCAAGACAAGAAAGCAGAACUACUUCAUUUGUACCUAUGGCAACACGUAUGGUUCUGCCAUAUAAUACACAGUCAGCUAGGCCCUUACAAAAGAGCAAUCUACAUAUAAAAGAAAUGGACCCAGUGCAGUGUUCUGAUAAAUUAAGAGAAUUGACAGAUAUUAAAGAUGAGAACUUAAAAUAUUUUAAUUGUAGUAAGGAAGAGUUGCCUUUGUUUUCAGAUGAUUUUCAAGCUGCCUAUAUACCUCACAACUCUGGUUCAAAUGAUAAAAAACACAAAAUAGCCCAAACAUCAACAUUAGUGUCUAAUGUAAUUUCUAACUGUGACUUAGUCAGUCAGUACAAGAAAAUGAAAUACAACAUUCAUGAGAAAAAUGGUGUGAGGUUUCUUAAAAGUAUUUUAAAAAAAGAAUCUAAAUAUGAACAUAAUUGUUUGAAGGCACUAGUCAUAAACCAAAGCUUUAAGUUAGGAAAUCACAAAGCAGCAGCUAUCAGAGACAGUAUUGAAUUAACAAAAGAAAAAGGUACAGAAAUUCCAAAGACUAUUAAAAAACUGAGGUGGUUUGAUGAAACUGGAGAUAUAGAAAAAAAUGCUGCAGAUAGUACUUUGCUGAAGAACAGAAUAGAACUGUCCCAACAGUGGUCUCAGCCUUUCCACAGUCAGACUAAAAGUGGAGCUGCCAGCCACAUAAUUAGAAUUCCUGCCUGUGCUGUAAAUUGUGCUGAUGGGAAGAAGCCCAAGGAGGAUUAUUCUGCUUCUGAAAGUGUCGCUGCCUUAGGAGAACCUGGAACAGACCAUGUACCUCAGAACUGUGUUAUGCCUUCGGGUUAUAACACGGCUAAACAAGCCUGGCCACCCUCAACACAAGAAGAGCGUCAACCCCCUUUACAUAGGGGUAUUUCUAAAGCUCCGAAAGCCAACCCACAGAGGGGUGGUGCCAAAGUCCUUAGAAGAGCGAGGUCUGCUCAAGUGCAGUCUGCCUUCGUGUGUGCAGACAGAAGAGACACUGGCCUUCGGCCCCAGUCCACAAGCAGAACAAGCACACACCUGCAAGCUCAGGGGAGACUGAUUGUGCCUCAUCCUCCACCCAAGUCUCCGUCAGAUAGUAGGAGCAGUAAAAAUACACAAGUGUCUCCAAGUCUUCAAGUAACACUUGAAGACUCUCAGAACAUGAUGACACAUAACUAUUUUCAUUCAAAACAUGUGCUUCCAACAGAACACAGGUUCCAUCAGUGGAAUGCAGACAGCAGCUUUCCACCUGCAGGUGUGUGUUCUGACUCUGUGCCUGCGAUGCCUUCUCCACCGUAUUGUUCUUCUGAGAGCAGAACUGUAGCACAAAUGGAUGGUCCCAAUGGCACUCCUGUGCUGGCCCCACACGAUGGGAUGUUACUCGGCGCCCAUAGGUGCCCUGUUUACCAAGAAGGCUAUCCCACAGGGACACUUAGGACUGCUCCAGAAGAAUCGGUCCCCUUGUGGAAAAGAUGGAACAAUAUUCUGGGUCAAAACAAAAAGGCUGCUGAUUCUACUGUGGUAAGAAGAAAACGAAUUGCUGAAAAUAAGCAGAGAAGCCUUUUAGAACAGAAAAGACAAAACUCUGGAUCUGUAGGAAAGAAGUGCAAUGAGCAAAUGAAUAAUUUUGGACAAAGUGUCCAGCCAAGGUCAAGUGAGCCAAAACAGACUAUAAGGGGUACUUCUCAUGGUAAAGAAGUUUCAGAUAGUACUUCUCAGUUUUUGAUGGCUGAAAAUCUAGUGAGAGCUUCAGUGCCUGAGGAUGAAAUUCUUACUGUCAUGAAUAGCAAGCAGCUACAGAAACCAAAUCUAGCUUUAAAUAAGACCCAGUCAUUCAACAUCUGUGCACUCUCAGCCGAAGAACAGAAGAUCCUACAGUCCCUCAGUCGUCUCAAUGAGAGGUUAUACUAUGUACAAGAAGCCAUUUGCAAAAAUCCAUCCAUCAAAAAUACCUUACAAAUAAUACCACUUCUGAACAGCCAGCCAAGGGGCCGCCCAUCACUAGGUGUUGGAUCCAGAAUGCAGAGAAAAUACUGACAAAGUUUAACAGCGGGUAUUACAUGGAAUCGUGAUUGUGGACAAUCUCCUGUAAAAUAUAGCAUAGGUUUCCGCAUUUGUUAUUGAUUUAAGAUACUAUAACCAUAAAAUAAAGGUAAAUCAUAACAUGGUAAUGGAGAUAAAUUGACUAGUUUACAUUUAUGCUAUAAGGUUAUGUAUUUUAUUGAUAAAUACAUUUUUAGUGAAUGGAAAUGCUUCAUUGUUUUUAAUGAGCAUGCCACUGAAAAUAAAUUCAUUAUAUUUACAAAUAAAACACAGGAUAUUUUGUUAUUCAAAUUAUGUAUUAGCUAUAGUUGUAAA